AUGUCAAAAAGACAGUGGAACAAGUACUUUGCGUACACUGGGGAUGUGGCAAAUUACAACAUCGAGUACGGGGACUUUGAGUAUGCAAAGCACGGUGCUCUGGUGAGUGCAUCGUUUGCAGCCAUGGUGCUGAAGAACGACAAGAAGUUUCCCAAAUCGGUCUGCAAGUCUGCAGUGUCUAACACGCUGAUUAAUGGUAUGAUCAACGACUAUUUGAUUGAGGAGUACGAACCAUUUUGGAUGUUCAGUUACUCUAUCAUAAAUAUCCCACAACAGAACCUCGGAGAUCAGCUUUCGGUCUACCCUUAUCUGGACUAUCCUUUGCAGUUAGCUGCAUGCUUGAGAGAUGACAAAUCGUAUGAAAAAUUGCGAAGCCCAGGGGUUUGUGAUGUUGAUGUUGCGAGGUUUGCACUGUUCCUUGGAAGAAUGGAUAUUUUCGAAGAGCAUCUAGAAAUUGCUAAUAACCUUGGGUUCUUUCCUAAGCAUUUGGACUUUGAAAAUGAAGUAGUGAUAAGAUCAGGGUCCCCUGGAGUGCCUAUUGAGGAUGUGUAUAUCCCUUUUUCUGACCACCAUCCUCUUCUCAGCUAUGAAGAAUUGAGUGUCACAGAUAUUCUGAACUCCACGGAUGAUGAGGAGUAA